CAGAACUGAACCAUAACAACAAAAAUGGCAAAUUUAGUGUUAUUAGCUGAAUAAAAUGAAAAUUAUCAUUUGAUAAUUGAUAGAUUUUGGUAUCAAUUUUUUAAUAAUAUAGGUACACAAUACACAUUGUUGUCAUGAUCAUUUUUUUUAUUAUUUCAUUAUAGUAUUGAAAUUGAACAUAAAUUAAUUAUCAACACGUAUACAAUCGAAGAAUGUGCGUCAUAACCAUCAAAUCAGUCGGUAAAAUCAUCUGAUAUUUUCAUAUUCGAUACAUAUAAAGUAAACAUGUCUGAAGGAAGGUUUCCAUCCUAUCACCACUUACCUCCAGCUGCCCCUGCACCCCAAAGGCACCAUUUAUCUACUGCUGCUACAUCUUCUAUUCCUCAUCCACUUACAUUCCAACCUCCGCCAAUUUCACAUCAGUUAUCAACAUGGUUAGCUAAGAAAGAUCUGGCUGCUUAUAGGAACACACCUUAUACUUCAUUGCAUAAUGUUGCUGCACUCCAAAUGCAUAAACCAGAACCUAUUAUUGAUCGAUGGAUGGAUGCGAGGAAUAAUAUGCCUCCACCAUCAAGACCCGGUCCACCAUCUCCAAGUCCAGCUCACGCAGCAAAUUCAACAUCAGUUAAACAUCGAUCAAGUUUUGCAUUGUCAGUUGAUCAACUUGAUUUAACAAAUCAUAAAAAAGAGUCACAACAGGUAUCAAUGGACUUAUCAGCUCAUAAAACUGAAAAGCCCUUUGUGUCUAAAACAAUAGCUCAAUUAAAUGGUCAAGUGGUUUCCUCAAAGGCAGAGGAAAAAGCUAUUAGCGUCAUUGCACCUAAUCCUCUUAAAGUAGUAAUGUCUGAAACAAAAGGCAAUGAUAUUCCUUUGAUUUUGAAGUCUGAUACUUCAUAUAUUCAUAAAGUUAAAAAUAAUAACAAUAGUAAAAAAGAUAGCAAACUAACAAAAUUACCCGAUAUUAAAUGUCAUAAUACAAAUUUAGAGAGUCCUUCAAAAAUAGACAUCACUGUUACUAAUCAUGUAGAAAAAAUGUUGGAAAAUAUUUUCCAAGUUGAUGAAUCAGAAAAACAAUCGGUUAUAAAAUCUGUUAAACCAGCAAAAUCUCCAUCACCAUCAUCGAUGCGAGCAGAAUCUGUUGAGAAAGUACUUAAAUCACCAUCACCAUCACAUAAAAGUGAUCAUGAGAAGUUAGAAGAUUCAAUAUCACCAGAGAAAUCUUCAAAAAUCAUACAUGACAAACAUUCUCAAUUUCUGGAAGUAGAAAAUAAAUUAGAAGAAUUGUUCGCUAGUGUUGAGUCCCCCAAUAAAACUGAUCAACCGUCGGUUUUGGAGGAUAAAUCUAAACCACUUAUUACUACUAAAAGACCAUACUCUAAAAACAAGAAACCAAUGAAAAAAAUAAAAAGAGGUCAGUCAAUAUCAGAAAAAACAAAACCAGUUGAAGCUGUAGUUAAAAAAUAUAAAGGCCCUUUAAUUAGAGUAAGUGGAAACAUUGAUAACCCAACAAGUUUUGUUGUUGUUAAUCGGAAUAUUCAAGAAGAUGAAGACUCAUUAGAUGGACGUAACAUAAACAAAAAGACGUAUUUGUACAAAUCUGGAGUAUCCAAUGGAGAAGAAAAACCAGACGUGGGCACGUUGGAAAGCAGUGGAUGGCAAUGUGUAUUUUGUUCAAGAGGUCCACAUGUUAGAGAUAUAGGCUAUGAUCCUACAGGAGAUCUGUUUGGUCCUUACUAUGUCAGUUUACCAAAAAAUGUAGUAAAAAAAACUGACAAUGCAAAACGAAAGAAAUCCAAAUCUAAUUUACAUGACAAUGAUACAUCAGACAUAUUUAUUGAAGUUUGGACUCAUGAAAACUGUUUGGUUUGGGCAUCUGGUGUUUAUAUGGUGGGCACUAAGAUUUUUGGAUUAGAAGACAGUGUUAGAGCUGCUAAGAACACUACCUGUGUUUAUUGUGGUACUAAUGGAGCUAGCAUUGGGUGUACAGCACGUCAUUGCAAAUCAAGUAUACAUUUUAGUUGUGCUAUACAACUCGGUUGGUUACUUGAUAACCAAACUUUCCUUACAACUUGUAAUCUACACAAGAAUUCACCAAAAGGAACUAGCUGUCAUUAAAUAAAUUGGCCAACAAUUGUAUUUAAAACAAAAGUGUGUAUUUUAUUGUUGACUUAUUACCACUUAACGACUUAAUAUGGUACGAAAAAAUUAUGCUCCAAUGAGCUGAGAACAUACCGUAAAGUAUUUUCUUAUACAUAAGUAGUAUUUAUAGUGUUAAUAGUAACAAUAAUUGUAUGUAUGUUAACUUACAAGGAGUAGAUGUUAAAUUUAAAAAAAAAAUUGUAAAUUUAAAUUACAAUACAUAAUAUUGUGAUUAUACAAAUUCGAUUUUUAUCUGUCUUUAUCUGAAAUUUAGUAUAAAAAAAAAAGCCACAGUUAUAAAGCCAAAUUUACAAAAGUUUUUAGGUUGAUACAUAUUCGGUAUCCCUGUUUUUAAGUUUCUUAAUGUAUUUAUGUAUAACUAUUUAUGUAAACUAUAUUGUCAUUUGUUUGUUAUAUUUAUAAUACAAUGUUAUUAACCAUUAAUAUAACUACCUGCCAGCAGUCGGUUACAUUUAAGAUAACAAUUGUACACCAAUAUAUGUUAGCUAAUAAAUAGUCAUCAGCUGCACAUUAUACAGCCGUAUGUUGUUAAUAAAAAUUGAUAAAAUCAUAAUUAUUUAAGGGUUUACUUAAAUCUAAAUAAUUCUAUAGCCGUUCAUAUAAAAUAUUUUAGGUGUUUUUGGUGGUGUUAUAAUAAUAUUUAAAAUAAACUAAUGGAGUGUGCUAUUAAUAUUUAAUGCAAAAUAAUAGUUUCCAUUAUAAAUAUUUCUGAGAUAUUUUGUCCACGAAUGAAUGUAAGGAACUAACAUUUACCAUAGUUAUAUUAGUUGGAAUAAAUAAUAAGAUAAAUGUAUAUACCUGUUAAGCAGGAUACUGCAAUUAUAUUAUUGUUUUAAUUGAUCAUUUAUCAAAUUAUUAUGUGACAUAGAUUAUUUAUACUACUAUAAAAAUAAGAACGACAAAACAUUUUGUUUUUUUAAAUCAGAAAAGAGUACUAGGAAGAACUUUUAUUCACAUUACUUACCCUCUAUAUUGAAGUAUAAUAAUAAACAAAAUUGGCUUUUUUGUCUGUGGUUUUUUAUCCUAAUACCCGUUAUUUGCAAAACAAUAGGAUUAAAAACAUUAUUUAUGGUUGUAAUUUAUAAUAUGCCAAUUUGGUACUUUUUUAUUUUUAAACAAACGCAUUGUUCAUUUAAAUUAUACUUAAUGUA